AUGGUUGUCCACCAGAUGCAAGUGAAAGGCUUGGGCAACAUACUGGAACCUACCGAAAAUUCCAUGGAAAUCAUUGUCGUGUUUGAUGCGAACGGCAUAGACGAAAGCAGCUCGAACAAAUGUGCAGCGCUCAAACAAGUUCGGUCACAGUAUUGGAAACACGGAAGUCUACACCACUGCAGAUUUGUCGAAGAAAAGGAUGGAGUGCGGACGUUAAAUGUCAGCGACGAUCGUGGAAAAUUGCCUUCCGAUCACAUAUUACAGUCGGACUUCUUGUUCUGUGCCCUAAACCGACAGAUAAAUUUGGAUGAAAUAAGAUGUCAAACUUUGGUAGUAUUAGUGUCCCCUACAAUCCAUAUGCCCUAUACUGAUUUUGUCCUUUCGAAGAGUAACAGUUAUCCGUCUUCACAAGCUUCGUUUCUGUGUUUCCGAAUCGGAACGCUGAAUCUACUCUCCUACGAUAUUCGUAAGCUAAUCGGUUCACUUACAAAUACACACUGCCUUGAUCCUGUGAUGUACUUCCAAGUUCCCAAUCAUGAGGUAACUCAAAAGAAUGCGACGAACUUAUUUCGAGAUGAAUACGGACUAUUCAGUGUCGCCUGA